AUGGGUUUUCUAAAGCAGUUGGAUGUGGACAAUUUUAAGUCAUGGCGAGGGAAGCAAGUAAUUGGACCUUUUAAAAGGUUUAACUGCAUUAUUGGAACAAAUGGAUCCGGUAAGUUUUCUUGAACUUUUGUUUUGUCUUGAUCAACUUGCUUGCUAGCUAACGUUAGCUUGCAAGGAACAAAUGUUGCUUGCUAAUCUGUCUGCGUUUUAGCAUGGUGUGUAACGUUACUCACUGGCAAUACCAAAGACUGUUAAUGAUCGUUCUGAUAACAAGUUUCAUACAUACCUAGCUGGCAUUUCAGUUUGCAACAUCUCUCCAUAGGUAAGUCGAAUGUGAUGGAUGCCCUGAGCUUCGUGAUGGGGGAACGGGCAGCGACUCUCCGGGUGAAGCACACCAGGGACCUCAUCCACGGAGCCCACAUUGGCAGGCCCGUGUCCACCACAGCCAGCGUCACCAUGCGCUACUGCGACGACAACGGAGAGGAGCUCAACUUCUGUCGGAGCAUAUCGGGUGAGUUGGAUUGCAUCUAAGGGCUAGCGACUAUAUACUUUUUUCAUAUGAGAAAAGAGUGUUAUCAAGUGGACUCAUACCAGGGCCGGCCCGCUCAUUAGGCAGGAACGAUGAGGACGGCAUUUUCUGAGGUAAACUCUCCAACAACAACACAUAAAACCUCACCUAAUUCUGCCCCAAAACAAUGACAAUUUAUCUCAACCAGUGGCAUAUGAGUCUUUUUAUGUGAGCGCUGAUGCCGCCCCUUGAUAAGCAGUGCCCACUUUGUCAAAUGCAGGGGCGCAAAAUAUUUUGCUUGUUGGAGAGAGGCAUCGCUGCAGCACACCACCAACAUUCCAUCAAAAAAUUCAUCUAACAUAAAUCAUGCAGCAGAUAUAGGAUAUAACAGAAAGAGUAUGUGGUCUAUUCUGUAGCCUACAGGCAGGAGAUAAAAUGUAUGACAGUGUGAUGACAGACACUUUUUACAUCAUGCAGGUUUCUCUGAUAAAAUAGCUUAACCUAAAUGGCACCCAAUCAAAUAAAAAAUGCGCUGUCAUGUUGACAAACAACAUAUCCUAAAAACUCCACAGGUCAAAGUAAAAUGGACAAUAUGGAAUGGACAAUCACAAAUGUUGUCCAGGAGUUUCACCUCAUUGUCAUGAUCAGUGGUUUCAAGUUUGUAUCCAUCAAUUUUUUUGACAAGCUGAUCAUAGCGAAAAAUAAAAUACCGGUACUUCUGCAUUUACUGUUGUGGAAACACAUUGCAAAUAAGCUCACAGUAACUCCUGAUAAAGUUGGGUAGCUGAUAUUCAGAGCUUAAAUAGCCAAAUUGAUUAGUCACAGGAUCAGGACUAAUAAAGCCAAUGUAACGGCCUGUUUUACAAAUGGUGGGCGUACCACAUGGAUGGGCAUUCAUAAAAUUCAAUUUCAGGCACCUCAGUAAGCACGGACCGACGCCGACCUUUUGGACGUCGUCUUUUUUUGGUGUAGUCCGGAACGGCCUUGAUUUCCACAUCCACUGACAUUGGUUUUUGGUCCGGUCCAGACCAAAUCUGAACCAAUCAUAGACGUCUAUGUUUGGUUCAGAUUUGGUGCGGUGCAGACCGGCCUUGACGUCAACGUCCAUGGACAUUGAAUUUUGGUCCGGACCAGCCUUAAUUUGGCCCAAACAUAAACGUCUAUAAAUUACAUAUUUUCAACUUUCAUUCAGAACCAAAAAUGAGCCGGAUUUCAACAUCCGGAAAAUACAUAUUUUUCAACGUCCAGAAAAGAUGCCUUUGCAACGUCCUGGAAAAUAUGUAUUUUAAAUAUCCGGAAAAUACGUAUUUUCACCUUUCAUUAAGAGCGUAAAUUGAACUUAACUUCAACGUCUGGAAAAUACGUAUUUGAGACGUCUUUUCAAAGUCGUUUUUCAUUCUGACCUGGUCUUGUCUUAUUCAGCAAAUAUUUAGCACACAUUUUGUCCAGUAGUAUAUGCAAAUACUAGCUCAACUAAUGAUUGUAUCUACUUUACUGUACUGUAUGGACUAAUGUUUUGUAUCUUCCAGGGGACUCCUCUGAGUAUCGCAUCAAUGGCAGACAAAUCACCCUUGCCAAGUACACAGGCGAACUGGAGAAGAUAGGCAUUGUGACCAAAGCUAGAAACUGUCUGGUAUUCCAGGUAAGCAAACACACAACUUCCAGUAUUUUAUCAUAAUUCAUAAUGUGGCUAAUUACAGUGCCAUUCAUUAAAGUACAUAAGAAAUUCAGAGACAGUUUAAUAGUGACCUCUGUUUUAUAUUUCCUGUGACUCCAUACAGGGGGCGGUGGAGUCCAUCGCCAUGAAGAACCCCAAGGAGCGGACCAAGAUGUUUGAGCGCAUCAGCCAGUCUCUGGAGCUGUCUGAUGACUAUGACAGGAAGAAGGAGGCUCUGCAGAAGGCUAAAGAAGACACGCAGUUCCACUUCAACAAGAAGAGGACCGCCACCGCAGAGAAGAAGCAGGUGUCCUCAGAGAAAGUCGAGGUAGGAUAAGAAGACAGAGAGAGGAGAUUCUCCAUUUAUCUGUCAUAAGACUUAACAUAACAAUGUCAUAACAGUUAUUAUAAACUGGAUGGUUCGAGCCCUGAAUGCUAAUUGGCUGACAGCCGUGGUAUAUCAGACCGUAUACCAUGGGUAUGGCAAAACAUUUAUUUUUACUGGUCUAAUUAGGUUGGUAACCAGUUUAUAAUAACAAUAAUGCACCUCGGGGGUUUGUGGUAUAUGGCCAAUAUACCACGGCUAAGGGCUGUAUCCAGGCACUCCGCGUUGCAUCGUGCAUAAGAACAGCCCUUGGCCGUGGUAAUUUGGGCAUAUAUAACACACCCCCUCGGGCCUUACUGCUUAAGUAAAUGACAACUUGCUUUUUACCCAGUCACAUUGUGGUUAAAAGUCAUGGAAAAGUUUUGGAAUUUCAAUUCACAAUGUUUAUGAACCCUGUCCCUCUCUUCUUCCUCAUCCCCCAGGCCCAGAAGUACCAGGAGUUGGUGGAUGACCUGAACCAGGGGAGGCUGCAGCUAAACCUGUUCCAGCUGUACCACAACCAGCAGGGCCUGAGUGCCCUGUCACAGACACUGAGGAAGAGACAGGAGGCUGUGGCUGGCCAGAAGACAGGCCUGGAGGGGUGGGAGCAGACCGUCAAGGCCCAGAAGAAAGAACAUGGACGUUUUACCAGAGAGCUGCAGCAGAUUGAGAAGGAGAUCCGGUGGGUUGGAGUGAGGAGGGAGAAGUGUGUGUGUGUAGAAAGAUAGAGAGGUGUGUGUGUGUGUUUAUUACUAACUAAACUAAACUCCCUUUUUUCCUCCAGUGGGCAGGAGCAGACCCUGUCCCUGCGUCGGUCCCAGUACAUCAAGGCCAAGGUGAAUACGGCCCACCACCUAAAGAAGGUAGAUGAUGCCGGUGGGGCCCUGCAGAAGGGCCAGAGGACGAGGGCCAAGAAAAAGGAGGAGCUGGCUGAGUUCCAUCAGGAGCUCCUGGAGCUGGAGAGGGCCUGGAGGGACUAUGAGAGACAUGCCCAGGAGGAGUGGGCCAACCGGGGGACUGACAUACAGCUGGAGGAGGAACAGGUGAUGGGGGGCAGAGGGCAGUAAGAGGUGUUUGUGUGAGAAGCUGCCUGUGACAGCAACAGCAUACAUUGUGCUAGGAGAGAAGCACAAGAGGAUUGGGGGGUUGAGGGCGUGGAAAUGCUACAACAGGGACCGCAGCAACGCAAAUACAGUAGGUGCCAUGAGGUCAUUGAAUCAACAUCAUCACAUCAGCUAGCGACAAAUCAAGCAGCCAACAGCUAUUCUUUAUAAAAAAUACACUGAACAAAAAUAUAAACGCAACAUGCAACAAUUUCAACGAUUUGACUGAGUUACAGUUACUUAUGGUAGAGAAAUGAACAUUAAAUUAUCUGGCAACAGCUCUUGUGGACAUUACUGCAGUCAGCAUGCCAAUUGAACACUCCCUCAUAACUUGAGACAUCUGUGGCAUUGUGUUGUGUGACAAAACUGCACAUUUUAGAGUGGCUUUUUAUUGUCCCCAUUACAAGGUUCACCUGUGUAAUGAUCAUGCUGUUUAAUCAGCUUCUUGAUAUGCCACACCUGUCAGGUGGAUGGAUUAUCUUGGCAAAGGAGAAAAUGCUCACUAACAGGGAUGUAAACAAAUUUGUGCACAAAGUUUUAGAGAAAUGAGCUUUUUGUGUGUAUUGAAUAUUUCUGGGAUCUUUAAUUUCAGCUUAUGAAACAGGGGACCAACACUUUACAUGUUGCGUUAAUAUUUUUGUUCAGUGUAGUUCAGGCCCAUGUACUGUGUGUGUGUGUGUGUGUGUGUGUGUGUGUGUGUGUGUGUGUGCUCUGUGUGUCUAGUUGGAGCGCUAUAAGGAGCUGAAGGAGCUGGCCAGGAAGCAGGGGGCCCUCCUGUCCCAGCAGGCUGAGAAGAUGCACUGGGAGGUCAAGGCUGACCACCAGAAAAUCGAGUUUGACCAGCAGAGGAAGAAAGAAGUGGAGGUAGGUACUAGAUUCGUGUGUGUGUGUGUGUGUGUGUCUGUGUGUGUGUGUGAACCAAAAUUGGUAUUGACUUUCUCUGUGGAUAUAGGUGAGCAUUAAGCACAGCCAGACUCAGCUGGAGGACUUCACCAGGAGAGCAGACAAACUGGAGGAGUACACCAACACCUGCAAGUAGGUCAUGUGUUGUGGUGUAUGUUACUGAUAUAGUUACAUAUCACAAAAUUAUUUUGGACGAUAUUAUAUAGAUACUUUGACUCCCAAUUUUGUUUAUGAUUUUUGCUAGGUAGCGUUAGCUAGCGCUAGUCGGCUGUACCUGCGCCAAAACUCCUGUAUUAUUUAUCCUAUAGCUUGUUCUCCAUUUUCUUUUUAAAAUAGUGAGCCAACAUGUUUUCAGCACUUUUAUUACCAUGACUGAUCAAAACUCAUUUUCUAAUGCUCUCUUGUCUCUCUGCAGCAGACAUGGUGUGCAAUAUGUUUGGAAUAUCAAAUUGCAAUAAAAUCGCAGUAAUGAAUCACAAUACAUAGAAUCACAAUACAUAUUGUAUAGGCACCUAAAUAUCGUGCUAAUAUCAUAUUGCCAGGUCCCUGGCAAUUCCCGCCCCUAUUGUAUGUGUGUGUUGCUGUUCUUAAAAAAAAAAAAAAGGAGAACACUACUUCAAUAUUUUUGUCAGGGUUAAGCACCCCAUUCAUUAUACAUCUACUGUUGGCUGCAUGUGUUUUUCUUCUGUUCAGGAGCUCCCUGGAGGAGUCUCGUCAGCAGGAGGAGGUGCUGUCUGCGGAACUGCAGAGGGGGAGGGUGAGGGGGGAGGAAGUGAACCAGGAGUUAGGGGAGGUACUGGGAGAGCUGCAGAACGCCAGGCUGGACAGCCAGGAGAGUAAGAGGCAGCAGCAACGCAACGAGGUCCUAGAAAACCUACGCAGACUCUACCAUGACACACUGGUGAGACAUCCCUGUCUCACUGCCACCAACAUCUCAUUAGAUCAAAUUUGGUAUAUAUGACUGACCGCCUUGAUUCGGUCUUAUGUAGCAAAAUUUGAAAUGGUGUUUUUUUUACAUUGGAUAAAAGCUGAGACACAGAUCUACAAAAUGGUACAGUGGGGAAAAAAGGUAUUUAGUCAGCCACCAAUUGGUGCAAGUUCUCCCACUUAAAAAGAUGAGAGAGGCCUGUCAUUUUCAUCAUAGGUACACGUCAACUAUGACAGACAAAAUGAGGAAAAGAAAUCCAGAAAAUCACAUUGUAGGAUUUUUAAUGAAUUUAUUUGCAAAUUAUGGUGGAAAAUAAGUAUUUGGUCAAUAACAAAAGUUUCUCAAUACUUUGUUAUAUACCCUUUGUUGGCAAUGACACAGGUCAAACGUUUUCUGUAAGUCUUCACAAGGUUUUCACACACUGUUGCUGGUAUUUUGGCCCAUUCCUCCAUGCAGAUCUCCUCUAGAGCAGUGAUGUUUUGGGGCUGUCGCUGGGCAACACGGACUUUCAACUCCCUCCAAAGAUUUUCUAUGGGGUUGAGAUCUGGAGACUGGCUAGGCCACUCCAGGACCUUGAAAUGCUUCUUACGAAGCCACUCCUUCGUUGCCCGGGCGGUGUUUGGGAUCAUUGUCAUGCUGAAAGACCCAGCCACGUUUCAUCUUCAAUGCCCUUGCUGAUGGAAGGAGGUUUUCACUCAAAAUCUCACGAUACAUGGCCCCAUUCAUUCUUUCCUUUACACAGAUCAGUCGUCCUGGUCCCUUUGCAGAAAAACAGCCCCAAAGCAUGAUGUUUCCACCCCCAUGCUUCACAGUGGGUAUGGUGUUCUUUGGAUGCAACUCAGCAUUCUUUGUCCUCCAAACACGACGAGUUGAGUUUUUACCAAAAAGUUAUAUUUUGGUUUCAUCUGACCAUAUGACAUUCUCCCAAUCCUCUUCUGGAUCAUCCAAAUGUACUCUAGCAAGCUUCAGACGGGCCUGGACAUGUACUGGCUUAAGCAGGGGGACACGUCUGGCACUGCAGGAUUUGAGUCCCUGGCGGCGUAGUGUGUUACUAAUGGUAGGCUUUGUUACUUUGGUCCCAGCUCUCUGCAGGUCAUUCACUAGGUCCCCCCGUGUGGUUCUGGGAUUUUUGCUCACCGUUCUUGUGAUCAUUUUGACCCCACGGGGUGAGAUCUUGCAUGGAGCCCCAGAUCGAGGGAGAUUAUCAGUGGUCUUGUAUGUCUUCCAUUUCCUAAUAAUUGCUCCCACAGUUGAUUUCUUCAAACCAAGCUGCUUACCUAUUGCAGAUUCAGUCUUCCCAGCCUGGUGCAGGUCUACAAUUUUGUUUCUGGUGUCCUUUGACAGCUCUUUGGUCUUGGCCAUAGUGGAGUUUGGAGUGUGACUGUUUGAGGUUGUGGACAGGUGUCUUUUAUACUGAUAACAAGUUCAAACAGGUGCCAUUAAUACAGGUAAUGAGUGGAGGACAGAGGAGCCUCUUAAAGAAGAAGUUACAGGUCUGUGAGAGCCAGAAAUCUUGCUUGUUUGUAGGUGACCAAAUACUUAUUUUCCACCAUUAUUUGCAAAUAAAUUCAUUAAAAAUCCUACAAUGUGAUUUUCUGGAUUUUUUUUUUCCUCAAUUUGUCUGUCAUAGUUGACGUGUACCUAUGAUGAAAAUGACAGGCCUCUCAUCUUUUUAAGUGGGAGAACUUGCACAAUUGGUGGCUGACUAAAUACUUUUUUUCUCCACUGUAUAUCAUACACUUCAUUUAAGGGAACAAUGGGAAAGUAAUUCUGCUUUUUAAGUUGAUAAACUUGUAAUCUCACUUUUGAGAAAAUGGCCUUUGAAUGUUUUGGUACCUAACGAAGAGCUCUUCUUUGUCUACACCCAUUCAGCAUCGUUCACACCCUCUUAAACUUUAGCCCCAGCCAUCUCGUUUUGCUCUCGAAGCGUUCAGAGCGCACACUUGAUGCUCUGGCCGAUGAGUAGGGUUGCUCCGAGCAUUCUGACCUCACAACGGCAGUAAAGCACCCAAGUUAACUGGCUAACAUUGGCUAGCUUGCUAUUUACUUUCAGACACAAAAUUGGGAUUAUGGUUCAUUGUUUACCUCUGGAUAACAUGAAAACAGCCUAACCAGCUCUGCUAGCAACAAUUUCAUUACACUUUUCUGCCAACGUUUACUGACACCAGCCAUAUUCAACGAGUGUUGUGCGUUUGUAAAUUAAUCGGUUAUUCUGCGCUCUGGCAUACUCGGACUGAAAUUACGAACGCACCCGAAAUGGUUACUUGCAUAGUGGAGUCUUUUGUUAAGACAUGUAGCUAGAUAGCAAGGUAAACAACGAACCUAGCUAGGUAAACAAUGUGUAAGAUCAUACACCUAACGUUAGCUAGCGAGCCAGCCAGCUAACGUUAGCUAGUUAAACAAUGAACAAUAGUGCCAACUCAUGUUGUUACUACCCUUGCAUGAAUCUGCUGGUAGUGGUAGCUAACCGACCAGGUUCAAUGUUAGCUAGCUAACAUUAGGCUCUAACUAGCCAAGCAAACGUCUCUGAGAUACGAAUAAUAACAUCAUACACGUAACGUUAGCUAGCGAGCCAGCCAGCCAGCUAGCUAACAUUAGGCUCUAACUAGCCAAGCAAACGGCUCUGAGAUACGAAUAAUAACAUCAUACACUUGACGUUAGCUCGGGAGCCAGCCAGCUAACGUUAGCUAGCUAGCUAGCUAACAGUACACUUUAACUUGAAAUGAAACCACUUUCUGUCAAAAUUAGAAACGUGUAAUAUCUGAAAAUGUAGUUAGUUAGACUAUCUUACCCGUAUACAUCAUCAUGCAUGAUGGACGCGUCUCCCUGUCACGGAUGCCAUAGUUGCCCCUUAGUUUGAAGAUGUAAUCUGGAAACAGGUGUUUUCUCUUUAGUCUCAUACUCUAAUUCCACUGAUUUCAAAACUCAAACCUCCAGAAAGUGGAGAGCAACACUUAUGCAGCUCCACUACACAAUACAAUUUUUUAAAAGCAGCGUAAGACAGGAUUACCUACACAUACUGACCAGCUCAAAUAGACAGAAGCCUUCUAUAUGGCAGACCAAUCCAAACUUCUCUCUCGGCAUGUCCAGCCCACUCAUUAUCUCAGCCAAUCAUGGGUAGUGGGAAGGUUGCUGUCUUUUUCUGUGGCUUAACCAACUAGGCUCGUAAUUUAACCAUUUUAUUCGUAUUUACAGAUGGCAUACAAAUUUGUUAUUAAGGCACAUGAAAGUUCACAUUUUCCAUAAGGCAUUUCUGCCAAAAAAAAGCAUUUAGAUUUUUUUUUUAAAGAGUUUACUUCAAAUGGCUCUCCUGUGUGAGCUUUGAGGGAUUGCCUUGGUAGCAAUCUUGUUUAGGAUCUCGUAGAAUCUUGAGAUAUUUUAAGAUCCUGGUGCUAGUAUCCAGCAAGAUCUCUCUAAGGGUCUUGUAGGAUCUUCCAAGAUCUUUGUCAGCAUCCUGAGUAAGAUUUCUGCCAGGGUGUGUUUGUUCCUCUCCUUCCCAGUUUGGUCGUCUGGUGGAUCUUUGCAGCCCCAUCCAUAAGAAGUAUCAGCUGGCCGUCACCAAGAUGUUUGGGCGCUACAUGAACGCCAUAGUGGUGUCGUCAGAGAAGGUGGCUCGGGACUGCAUCCGCUUUGUCAAGGAGGAGAGGGCCGAGCCAGAAACCUUCCUACCCAUAGACUACCUGGACGUGAGUUAGUGGACACAGAAGGAGAGCGAGAUUGUUUAAAGGCCCACUCCGCUACGUUUGCUAUAAAGCUGAGGGAUGGGGGAUGGAGAAAUGCAACCAGAACUACCUAAAACUAACAACAGAGGCUUUGAUUAACACACCCAACACACAAACCUCACUGAGUAUGUCCCCCCUCCCUGUCCCUCCCCAGGUGAGUCCUCUGAAUGAGAGGCUGCGUGAGGUGCGUGGAGCUAAGAUGAUGGUGGACGUGGUGCAGUGUUCCCCCACCGCUCCUCAGCUGAAGAAAGUCAUCCAGUUUGUGUGUGGCAACGCUCUGGUCUGUGAGACACUCAAAGAGGCCAGAGCCAUCGCCUUCGACGGGCCUGAGAGACUCAAGGUGAGUUAGUCAGUCAGCCAGUUGUUCAGCUUGUUUGAGGACUUCAGUUUGAGCGAAUCUUGAUCACAUAAUAAAAAGUUAUAUGGGAUUCAAGGUGAUAUGUAGAUCAGUAAUUCUGUGCAGUCCAACUGCAAUGUACAGUAGACAAUCUCAAACGUUCACAAUUAGUCAGUCAGCCAGCCAGCCAGCCAGCCAGAGUUCCCCCCCAUCCACUUCACUGUGGUAGCACCCACUGCUACUGGUAGUCAUGGUUACCUUGAUAUUUCCCUUAGACGGUGGCUCUGGACGGUACCAUGUUCUCCAAAUCAGGGGUGAUCUCUGGGGGCUCCAGCCACCUGCGGAGCAAGGCCCGGCGCUGGGACGAGAAGGACAUGACCAAGCUGAAGGAGCUCAAAGAACAGCUGACUGCAGAGCUACGAGUGAGUCUGGGUCUUUGCACACGUCCAGAAUCUAGAUUUUGAGUCUGGAAAUCGAAUACAUUUGUUAUUAUUGUAAGUCAGGGGAUUCUAGAAUAUGCACUGCUAAACCGCUAACUUAUUCUCUAUGCCUCAAGGAGUGUCGUUUUUCUGACCAACCUGAAUGGGAAGAUCAUCUGAGACAGUCCUUUUAUUUCCACUUCCUGUGUCAUGUGACAGGGUCUGGUGAAGCUGAAGCGUAAGGAGUCUGAGCUGAAACAGAUCCAGUCUCAGGCUCAGGGGGUUCAGACCCGUAUGAAGUACUCCCUCACUGAACUGGACACCCUCCGCAAGAAGAGCAUUCCCAACUGCCACGCGGUAAACUACACUAACACUGUUACUGUGGCUGUAACUUACUCUGACUACACCAUCUGCAAACCACCACUUAUACUUUAAUUCAACAUGUGUGUCUACUUACUUACUUUUACUCCAACAAGAGCAUAGGCCAUCAACAGUUUUUCAGCAUAUCUUAGGCAAUGUUUUUUCAAUCUGUGGCCUGUCGCGCACAUCUCAUGUCUUGACAACUUGCGUGUCUCUCCCUUCAGGAGAUGUCUCGCCUGGAAGCUGAGCUGGCCAACGUGGAGUCUCAGCUGGAGAUGCAGAAAGAGAACAUGGAGGUCAAGGAGCUGGAGAUGAAGAAGCUCCAAGACAGGAUCAACCAGGUCAGGACGCACUGCAACCAUGACUAUUUAGAAUAAUGUUUAAAUCAAGUGGCAGGUAGCCUAGCGGUUAAGAGCGUUGGGCCAGUAACCGAAAGGUCGCUGGUUUGAAUCCCUGAGCCGACUAAGUGAAAAAAAUCUGUUGAUAUGCCCUUGAGCAAGGUACUUAAACCCUAAUUGCUACUGUAAGUCCCUCUGGAUAAGAGCGGCUGCUAAAUGACAGACACCUGUUAUUAGUGGCAUAGCUAACACAAACAACGCCAGGUUUUUACAUAAUUUAGCAGACGCUCUUAUCCAGAGAGACUUACAGGAGCAAUGUGCCCUGGCUCAAGAGCACAACAACAGAAUUUUCACCUUGUCGGCUCGGGGAUUCGGACCAGUGACCUUUCGGUUCCUGGCCAAACGCUCUAACCGCUAGGCUCCCUGCCGCACUCCCAAGUAUUUAUAGUAUGUCGCUGCCAUAGAGUAGGAACGUUCUGCCUACUAUGUCUAGGGGACCAGGUUAGCGGUAAUGUUGUUGUUAUUGUUCCGUGUUCAGAUGGAGGACGUGGUGUUCUCAGACUUCUGUGCUGAGAUAGGAGUGGCCAACAUCAGGGAGUACGAACAGGAGCAUCUCAAACAGCAGCAGGAUGUAGACAGGAAACGGUACUGGACUGGACCACCCCACAUCACAUACAGUAUAUGUGGUCUAUGGAACGAUGAUGUUAAUACGUUUGUAUGGUCUGAUUGUACAGUAUGCUUGUUCUUAUACGGUGUACAGUGCAUUCGGAAAGUAUUCAGACCCCUUGACUUUUCCCCCAUUUUGUUACGUUACAGCCUUAUUCUAUAAUGGAUUAAAUACUUUUUUUCCCUCAUCAAUCUAUACACAAUACCCCAUAAUGACAAAGCAAAAACAGGUUUUUAUAUAUUUAAAUAUCACAUUUACAAAAGUAUUCAGACCCUUUACUCAGUACUUUGUUGAAGCCCCUUUGGCAGCGAUUACAGCCUUGAGUCUUCUUGGGUAUGACGCUACAAGCUUGGCACACCUGUAUUUGGGGAGUUACUCCCAUUUUUCUCUGCAGAUCCUCUCAAGGUCUGUCAGGUUGGAUGGGGAGCGUCGCUGCACAGCUAUUUACAGGUCUCUCCAGAGACGUUCGAUCGAGUUGAAGUCCAGGAUCUGGCUUGGCCACUCAAGGACAUUCAGAGACUUGUCCCGAAGCCACCCCUGCGUUGUCUUGGCUGUGUGCUUAGGGUCGUUGUCCUGUUGGAAGGUGAACCUUCACCCCAUUAUGAGGUCCUGCGCGCUCUGGAGCAGGUUUUCAUCAAGGAUCUCUCUGUACUUUGCUCCGUUCAUCUUUCCCUCGAUCCUGACUAGUCUCCCAGUCCCUGCCGCUGAAAAACAUCCCCACAGCAUGAUGCUGCCACCACCAUGCUUCACUCUAGGGAUGGUGCCAGGUUUCCUCUAGACGUGAUGCUUGGCAUUCAGGCCAAAGAGUUCAAUCUUGGUUUCAUCAGACCAGAGAAUCUUGUUUCUCAUGGUCUGAGAGUCCUUUAGACGCCUUUCUUGCAAACUCCAAGCGGGCUGUCAUGUGCCUUUUACUGAGGAGUGGCUUCCAUCUGGCCACUCUACCAUAAAGACCUGAUUGGUGGAGUGCUGCAGAGAUGGUUGUCCUUCUGGAAGGUUCUCCCAUCUCCACAGAGGAACUCUGGAGCUCUGUCAGAGUGACCAUUGGGUUCUUGGUCACCUCCUUGACCAAAGCCCUUCUGCCCCAAUUGCUCAGUUUGGCCAGGUGGCCAGCUCUAGGAAGAGUCUUGGUGGUUCCAAACUUCUUCAAUUUAAGAAUGAUGGAGGCCACUGUGUUCUUGGGGCCCUUCAAUGCUGCAGACAUUUUUUGGUACCCUUCCCCAGAUCUGUGCCUCAACACAAUCCUGUCUCGGAGCUCUACGGACAAUUCCAUUGACCUCAUGACUUGGUUUUUGCUCUGACAUGCACUGUCAACUGUGGGACGUUAUAUAGACAGGUGUGUGCCUUUCCAAAUCAUGUCCAAUCACUUGAAUUUACCACAGGUGGACUCCAAUCAAGUUGUAGAAACAUCUCAAGGAUGAUCAAUGGAAACAUGAUGCACCUGAGCUCAAUUUCGAGUCUCAUAGCAAAGGGUCUGAAUACUUAUGUAAAUAAGGUAUUUCUGUUUUUUUGUAUGUAGAUUGAUCAGGAAAAAGGUAAUGUAAUCAAUUUUAGAAUAAGGCUGUAACAUACUUUCCGAAUGCACUGUAUAUUUCUCACAAAUAUUAUUCUAUUUUUUUCUUGCCAUUCCCUCUCCCACAUGUCUUUUCUGUCACUGCCUGAGUCUAAUCGUACCCCCUCUCUUUUCCCACCCCUCUCCCAGGUUGGAGUUUGAGUCUCAGCGGACCUGUCUGAAGGCCCAGUUGGAGUAUGAACAGGGUCAGCUGGAGCAGCAGAGGAAUAAGAUGAAGAAACUAGAGGAGACCAUCGCCAAGGAGCAGAGCGACGUGGAAGAACAGAAAAAGGCAAAACACACCUCCUCCAUCCUCUCCUUUUCUCGACUUCCCUCUCAUGUUAUCUCCUUUCAUCCUCCUUUCUCGUCGCUUCAUACCUCCCUUCCCUUUUCCCAUCAGCUUCUCAAGUCUUCCUCUAAAACCACACUGAAUGUAAUCCCAAUGUUGUGUUGUUCUCUUGUGUCUCCGCCAGGAGGAGGAGAAGCUACUGGUGGCGGUGGAAGAGAGUCAAUCUAAAGUGUUGGAUCUGAAGAAUCAUCUACUGGGGAAGAAGACCCAGGCUUCUGACUCCAAGGCCCAGGUGGACCAAAUGAUGAAGAGCCUUCAGGAGAGCUCCAGGUACUACUGACUGUGGCUGUUCUGCUGUCAGUUAAUUUUGUUCAGUAUAUGAAAUCGAUUGUAGGUCACUUCACUGGUCUGAUCGCCCUCUCUCUAAAAGCUGAUCUUCUCUUCUCUACCCCCUUCCCUCUCUGUUUUUUUUUUUUCUCUUUAUCUCCCUCCCCCUUCUCCUCUUCCUUUAUCCCUCCCCUCUCUGUGUCCCUCCCUUCUCCCCUCUCCCCCCCCAGAGAACUGGUGAAGCUGCAGAGGGAGGUUAUCUCAGCUGAGACAGCCCUGGAGCAGUUGAGGAUCUGGAAACACAACCUGCUGCUGGGCUGUAAGAUCCAGGGCCUGCCCAUCACGCUGCUGUCUGGCAGCUUGGACGAGAUCAGUGAGGUGCAGGUAGGACAGACCAGAGACCACAGGAGAUUGGUGGCACCUUAAUUGAGGAGGACGGGCUCGUGGUAAUGACUGGAGCGGAAUAAGUGGAAUGGUAUCAAACACAUGGUUUCUAUGUGUUUGAUGCCAUUCCAUUUGCUCUGUUCCAGCCAUUAUUAUGAGCCGUCCUCCCCUCAGUAGCCUCCACUACCAGAGAGAGAGAGAGAGAGAGAGAGAGAGAGAGAGCGAGGGAGGGGGGGUAGUGUGCAAUAAGGCUGUAAAGUCCAGGGCCAGCCCAUGACUCUGCUGUCUGACAGCUUUGGAUGAGAUCAGUGAGGUGCAGGUUAGGACAGACCAGACACAGAUGACAGGGCUGUGUUCACAUUCUCCAUUCUUAUACUGAAUGUGUAUUGUGUACCACAUUGCCAAUGUUCUCAUGUAUGUGUAAGUCAAAUUCACGCUCGAGGGAGAAUAAAGUUCUAUCUCUCUUCCGUCUGAUUGACUGCUCUGGCUUUGUCAGCUGGACUCAGAGUCACUCACAGAGAGCACCUGCACCACUAUGGAUAUCUACGAGAGAGAGGCCCUGAUUGUCAUCGACUACUCUGGCCUGGGAGCUGAGCUGAAGGUAGACCUCAUUAAUCAAUCAUCAAACUACAGCAUCUCUUCUCAGUCUCUUAGCUUUACGAACUGAUCACUAUCAUACAGAUAAUGUACUGUAUUCAUCUCAGAGGGACAGUUAUGUAUCCUACGUUAUGCUGUCCUAACGUGUGUGUGUGUGUCUGUCUUUAUGUCUACAGGAACUUGCGGGGGACGAGGUGGACCCCCAGGUAGAGCGUCUUCAGGAGACAGUGUCCUCUCUAGAGGGGGUCCUACAGCGCUCCACAGCCCCCAACCUUAAAGCCCUGGAGAAGAUGAGGGAGGUCAAGGACAAAUUCCAGGGGGUGGUGGACGGUACAAAGAGCAGACACACACCUCAAUACACACACUGUAUAGUGCAGACACACACCUCAAUACACAAACGCUGUUGCUUAACUUGUCUUGGUGAGUGUAUUGUGGGAACCCAUUGCAGGCACUAAAAAGUAUUUAAAACCCAGAGGUAAGAGGUUUUAGUGACAAACUAUUAAGAUGCUAGAGCGGCAUAUUUCAAAUGCAUUGCAGCAUUUGUUCUCCCAAUACCACGGCGGGACCUAACUUUUAGUGCCUGCAACUGUUUGAGAUCUUUGAUUGACUUAUAGAUUUUAUUUGCUAGUUAAAAAAAAGCCAUAUUCAGAGACAGUACAUUUUAAAAACUUGACAGGGAUAACACAAUAAAGUCAAUUACUUUUUUCCGUUGUGGUCCCUUAAAGUUAUUGGUGCAAUACAUAUCUCUGUGUGUGUAUGGUUGAAUGCUGUUCAUCUGAUUGCCUCCAUCUCCCUCUGUGUGCUCCAGCAUUUGAUGCCAGCACCAAGGCAGCCAGAAGGAGUAACCAGGAGUUUGAACAGGUUAAAGCCAAACGCUUCAGACUCUUCAGUCAGUGCUUUGAACACGUCUCUGUCGUCAUCGACCAGAUCUACAAACAACUGUGCAGGAACACCAGCGCUCAGGUGUGAAGGCUUGACUCAUAUAGAAACACUUGUACACACACACACACACACACACACACACACACACACACACACACACACACACACACACACACACACACACACACACACACACACACACACACACACACACACACACACACACACACACGCUUGAAAGCAAUCUUCAUACUACUGUUUAAUAGGCGGCAGGUAGCUUAGUGGUUAAGAGCAUUGUGCCAAUAACCGAAAGGUCGCUGGUUCUAAUCCCCGAGCCGACUAGGUGAAAAUAUGUCGAUGUGCCCAUGAGUGAGGCACUUAACCCUAAUUGCUUCUGUAAGUCGCUCUGGAUAAGAGCAUCUGCUAAAUGACUCAAAUGUAAAAUGUAGACACACUUGUUAGGUUUUUGGUGUGUGCAAUGUUUGUAAUGUGUGUGUGUGUAACACAAGGUGCUUAAAGUACUUGCAUUUGGCACUCUGAAAUUAAAGUACUAGAAUACCUUGAAAAUCAGGCAUUUUCUCAAGUUGGUACUUGAAAAGUACUUGAAUUCAAAUGAGAGGAGAAAAUGAUCAAAUACAUUUAUGAAAAAUAUUAGGAAUAUGUCUUUGUCUUAUGAAUUAAUUUCCAGGCAGACUACAGAGUUUUAUUUCCUCAGGUGUUUCGCGCUGUGGUUGCGAGGCAAGCUCGCUCAUCAGACCCUUCUAGACACAUUUUCAAAAAAGCGACUAGCGACAAAUCUAGCAACUUUUUCUGGUGUUAUUGGAGACUUUUGGAGACUGACGUGAAAGCACGUAUCGUUCGUACUCUUCUCAACGAGCAGUGGGUGCUGCCGUGGGCCCCACCCCCGUCCCAAAGCACUCACAGGCGGCCCAGUCCUCGCGCAGCAGUCCCUCCCAGCUGCAGUCAGAGCAGGAGAUGUUCACCCCUACGCGUCCAGACUGCAAAUGAAUCACGCAAAUGCCCAAUAAAAACAGUUGUUAAGCUGGAAUUGUGUAGUAAUGCGAAUAGCAAAUGUAUGUUCACCAGCAGGCAUGUCCCAAAACUCUGCUCAUCACUACUCAAAUUACAACAUCAUCAGUACUGACUUACCGCUCCUGUAUGCAGUAAAUAAGUAGUGAAACAUGUAUUAUUUAGUAGAACUUGUAAGGUAGUGAUGAAUACUAAGUUUGUUUAUUUUUCAUGAGGUUGUGGGUGGCAAUAUACUGCCAUCUGGUGGUGACUAGAAACAAUUGCAUAAAAGGAACUAUUACAAAUUGAUGGUCCUUGAAAAUAAAAAUUGGUGCUUGAAAAAGCCCUGGUGUAAUGUGUGUGUGUGUGUGUGUGUGUGUGUGUGUGUGUGUGUGUGCCUGAAUGUGUGCUGCCCCCUCCAGGCCAUCCUGAAUGCUGAGAACCCGGAUGAGCCCUACCUGGAUGGCAUCAAUUACAACUGUAUUGCUCCUGGGAAACGCUUCAUGGCCAUGGACAACCUGUCUGGAGGAGAGAAGGCCAUCGCUGCCCUGGCUCUGGUGUUUGCCAUACACAGGUGAGAGAGAGAGAGAGAGAGAGAGAGAGAAGUUCAUGGCCGUGGACAACCUGUCUGGAGGAGAGAAGGCCAUCACUGCUCUGGUGUUGGCUUUACAUAGGUAACACACACAGCAGACAUGAGAUAUGCCCAUCACAGCAGCAUACAGCACUGAACCUCUGUCUGAUGUUUGUUCUCUCCAAUCAGCUUCCGUCCUGCUCCGUUCUUUGUCCUGGAUGAGGUUGAUGCAGCCCUGGAUAACACCAACAUUGGCAAAGCAAGUUGACAUUUUAAUUGUGAUUAAAUAUGGGCUGUAACUACGAAUAUGGCAGUUGGACGCUGAACUGUCUGUCUGUCUGUCUGUCUGCAGGUGACCAGCUUCAUCAGGGAGCAGUCCAGAGAGAGCCUCCAGAUCAUCGUCAUUUCUCUGAAGGAGGAGUUCUACUCUAGAGCUGACGCUCUGCUGGGGGUCUACCCUGAGGUACAGUACCAACACACACCUUUAUUCCAGACCAUCUUUCUCUCACUCCCUGGUUUUGCUGCCUCUUUCUCAGUUCCUCUUUCCUCGUAUCGUCUCUCCUUGCCUUCUUCUCAAAUCACCAGAGAAGAAGAAGAACCUAGGUUGCUUUCCUCCAAUGCGUCUUGAGAAGGAGGCGAGGAUAUCAGUCCCUGUGACUUGUCUUUCUUUUCUCUCAGUUUAACGAGUGCAUGUUCAGCCGCAUGCUGACGCUGGACCUAAGUCCCUAUCCGCUGAACGAAGAGAACGGAACAGAGAGAGAGAAGGAGAUGUGA